GUAAAAAAAUACAGAUCCGAUUCGUCAAGGCAUGUACCUUUUUGGCCACUCGCUCACAAAAACCCUAGCCUUGCUUCACUCAUCUUUCUCUUCCUCUCUCUAGCUAACACUCACCACGCCACGUUCCUGCUUCACGGAGAACGCUCGUACUCUUGAGAUCUGAAUCAAAAGGCGAACGUUUUCUCCGUUAAACAAUGGCUCUAGUUUUGCAUGCGGGGAAGGGAAACAAAAAUGGUUUCAAGGGGCUUAUUGCUGCAGAGUACAGUGGUGUCAGUGUUGAGCUGGCACCGAAUUUUGAGUUGGGUGUGACGAAUAAAACCCCCGAGUUCCUUAAGAUGAAUCCUAUUGGGAAGAUUCCUGUAUUGGAAACUCCUGAUGGUCCCAUUUUUGAGAGCAAUGCUAUAGCACGUUAUGUUUCUCACUUGAAGCCUAACAAUCCCCUAAAUGGUUCUUCACAAAUAGAAUGUGCCCAUGUUGAGCAGUGGAUUGACUUUGCAUCAUUAGAGAUAGAUGUCAAUAUUUUGAAGUGGUUUUAUCCAAGAAUGGGACUUGGUGUUUACCUUCCCCCGGCUGAGGAAGCUGCAAUUUCUGCGCUUAAGAGAUCUCUUGGGGCAUUGAACACACAUCUUGCUUCCAAUACUUACCUGGUUGGGCAUGCUGUGACAUUGGCUGACAUUAUCAUGACAUGUAACUUGUUAAUGGGAUUCAGUCGGAUCAUGACUAAGAGCUUCACUUCGGAGUUCCCUCACGUCGAGAGAUACUUCUGGACCAUGGUCAAUCAACAAAAGUUUAGUAAGAUAUUGGGGGAGGUAAAGCAGGCAGAAACAGUUCCUCCUGUUCCUGCUGCAAAAAAACCUUCUCGGCCAAAAGAAGCUGCUAAAUCAAAGCCUAAGGAUGAACCAAAGAAAGAAGUCAAGGAGCCAGCAAAGCCCAAAGUAGAAGCUGUUGAGGAAGAAGAGGCACCAAAGCCGAAACCUAGGAAUCCCCUUGAUUUGCUGCCACCGAGUAAGAUGAUACUGGAUGAGUGGAAAAGGCUCUACUCAAAUACAAAGACCAACUUCCGUGAGGUUGCAAUAAAAGGUUUCUGGGACAUGUAUGACCCCGAGGGAUACUCUCUCUGGUUUUGUGAUUACAAGUAUAAUGAAGAGAAUACUGUCUCCUUCGUAACUCUGAACAAGGUAGGUGGAUUUCUUCAACGUAUGGAUCUGGCCCGCAAGUAUGCCUUUGGGAAGAUGCUGGUGAUCGGCUCAGAACCCCCAUACAAGGUGAAGGGGUUGUGGCUGUUUCGUGGCCCAGAAAUUCCUCAGUUUGUACUUGAUGAGUGCUACGACAUGGAGCUCUACGAUUGGAAGAAAGUUGACAUCUCAGAUGAAGCCCAGAAAGAACGUGUCAGCCAAAUGAUUGAAGAUCAGGAGCCUUUUGAAGGGGAGGCACUUUUGGACGCUAAGUGCUUCAAGUGAUGAUAAUCUCAUCACAACAAAUGGUUGUGCUCUUUAUCAUAUAUUCUUGUGUUUUUAGUAGCAGAGUUUGUUCCUGUUUCAAACAGAUGAAACAUAGCUUUUGUGUUUCAGAUGCACAUCACAAUCCUUUUUUUGGCCAUCUUAUUUAUUAUAUUAUAGACAUAGCAUAAGUCUUAUUGUUAAGUGUCA